CACAUCCUGCCCCACAAGCAAGCAAGCAGCCAAGCCAAGCAGUACUACAUAAAAGCAAGCACGUUUCUUGCGUAUAACGUGUAAAGUUAUAUAGUUUUAGCUUUUAGUGGAAAAGCGUGUGUGUUGUUUUGUUGGACUGAGCAGCGAGUGGGCUCCGUCAGCAGUCUUCUCCCAAUUUUGUUCCGUGACACACGUUGUUCUCUUUACAGCUGCAGAAACAGAGUUGAGCUCGUCUAAAGCAAAACAAAACAAUUUGGUGGAAAUACUAUACUCGAGCUAUUUGCCAGGUAUUAUUACACUGCUGGUCUAACAAUCAAGAAGAGUAAGAAUUGGGUGAAUUAUUUCGGUCCCGAAGUACUAUUUCGAACGUAAACAGUGGUGGCAGAGAGAGAGAGAGAGGAACGCCUGGGUGGUGUGUGGCGUGACCUUCAGAGACGAAGAGGAGGAACCAGUUAGUUGGUUUGGCGUAUGGAUGUGGUGGCGGUGUUGUUGACCACAUAACGUAAUACGGACAGUAAUAGGUAGGCAAGUCGUAGUCUAUUAUUCGCCUGGACGCCUUGUCACCCUGGAUCAAGAAAAGGACAACAGCUUGGAAAGAAGUAUCGAAUUGCUGAUUGGUAAAAAUAGACUGGACGCUAGAGAGAGAGACAAAAAGAAGUGACUUUGCAUGCGUGACGUCAGUUAUACUCUCCUCGUCUCGGCGGUCGUCAAGAUAAGUUGUUUUGGUAAAAUAAGUGUAUAAGUGUCCUGUAACGAGAAGUCGCCGUUGUCGAGAGUGUCGUGGUGGUGGUGGUGACGAUGCGAAUUGCAGUGAUCAGAACCUCACCCCGUUUGGCGUACAUUAAUCAAAUCUCAUUUCUCGGAGAUUCAGUUGCUGACGCUGUUAAGGCGCAGCUAAAUUGUUGACUGUAAAUUUGAAGAAGAGGAAGCAGAAACAAACACAAAAUGUCACAACUCUUACAAGUUCACAUUGCGAAUCAGAGGUUGAUGAAGACAGCUUCUGGUGAAAAUAGUCCUGCAAGUCCUGGCUUGAUGGUGGGAAGUCCUGGCACGCUGAGUCCCCUGUCCAUGGGACCAUCAAGUCCACAAGGGAUGCCAAUCCCACGCCGGAUAGGACAAGAUCUUCAACACGGAGGAUGGAUCAUGAACAACACUGGUGGGAUUGGGUUGAGUGGAGGCACCAUGAUCAACGCAAAUGGUGGCGGAUGGAAUGGCAACAUGAUGGGAGACAACAGCAUGGAAGGGCUGGAUAUCAUUCCCAUGGGAGACAUGACCAUGGAGGGCGAACUUUCCAAGUUGUCAAUGACCGUGGAUGAGGACGAUAUUUUCAAAAUGAACCGGAGCGAACUGUUGGGUCCCACACUGGCAGAACUUAACGCUCCCGAUGCAGACACGCUGUUGGAUGGUCUGAACUUUGAUGACCUUUACUGGCCGGUGGAUGGAAGUAAUCAUCAUGCUCCGGAGGCGACCCCAUCUCCACAAACUCCUGCAGGAAGCAACCCUCUUGAUCCCGAUGGAGAUAUGUUUCAAAUUCAGCCAUCCUCGUCGUUCCCCCCACUUGGGACGCACAGACUGAUUGGAGCUGGAACGAGCAUGCCGUCGGGACAACAAACACUUUUGGAACAAACGUUACUCCAACCAUCACUCAUAAUGACUGAUAUGAAAUUCAAUAUCCACCCGAGUAUCAGUCACACCCCUCCUCCCAGCAACCCUCAACCGUCGGGUUCCAGUGGCGGUGGAUUGCGUGAGUUGCUUCUUCGUCGCGAGUUACAGAAUUCCUUGGAGUCACCCGAGGCUAGUCCUUUGGGUCAGUCCCUUCCUCGCUCCAUGAUGUGUCCUUCCCCCAAUUUGACGACGCGCUUGUCAUCGUCAGCUCCCACGAGUCAAGGUCCGAACAUGUGGGAGAGUUGGCAGCAGCGAAGGGAAGCUGUCUGGCAACGGAGGGAUCCUCGACCUCACCUCUUAUCCACAGGAUCUCUGGCAGAAGGGGGUUCAACCUCCAGUCUCUCUGCUGACGUUCUGAGUCCGGGAGGAGGUUUGUCACUUUCUAUGGAUGAAGGACUAGAUUCUGAUCAAUUAAGUGACGGGGAUUCUAGCGACGACGAUUCCGAGUUGAGCGACACUGAGAGCACGGCUAGUGGGACUCGUCGUGAAAGAUUCUUUUGGCAAUAUAACGUGCAGGCCAAAGGCCCAAAAGGACAACGACUCGUAUUGGCCCCAACACAAGAAGAUCCCCACGUACUUCAAAAGCCAACUGAUCCCGUGUUCAGCCCAUUGUGCCACAUUCAAGGCAUUAAACAUAGUGGGAAAGCCAGAAAGGGAGACGGGAAUGAUUUGACGCCGAACCCGAGAAAGCUGAACGCAAUUGGCAAAGAGUUGGACCGGUUAAAUAAAGUUAUUGCAGAAAUGACUCCCGUCUCAGAUCUUCCAAAUGCUGUCAAGACUAAAUCGCGAAAGGAAAAGAAUAAACUUGCGUCAAGGGCAUGUCGAUUGAAGAAGAAAGCUCAACAUGAAGCAAAUAAGCUCAAAUUAUAUGGACUUGAGCAGGAACACAAGAGGCUGAUGGCAGCUAUUGAGCAGUCCCGGCAACUGAUUUUCUCCAAGAUAGACGGCACCCUGACUGACGUUUCAGAACCAAUUGCAGUCAAAGUGGAAAGAAUCUCAAAGUUUGGAACCCGACAUCGAAUCGGAGGCCACACGACUGAAUUUGUGAACAAAGUAUUGGAAAGGGUGAAACAAGGUGUUCCUGAUGGAGGGAUCAGUGAAUUAUAAUUCUUGAGUACUCUGUAUGCAGUCAUUUUUGUCACGUCACACACCAAUUAUACUUAUUGACUUGUCGUAUUGUUAAUGCAAAAGUUGUUAAGGCUUUAUGUUUAUUUGCUUGAGUUUUGUUUUGACUAUUUUUGACGUGCUGUUUAUAAAUAUCUAUAUGUAUACAUAUAAAUUAUAUUCAUAGUUGUUGUGUAAGGUAUUAUACGCUAUUAUACCCAUAAGUAUAUAUUGUCAUACGUUAUUUAUUCACUUUUCGUUCGUAUUAGUAUUACAGAUGAAUACCACGUCAAGUGUUUCACAAAA